GCUCAUGGUUCAAGGAUAUGGCCUUGUCCGGCCGACCGAUUGUAAACCCCAGGUGAAUGUCUCUCUGUUGUUACCCAUCGUUGCUUAUUUCAUAAUUCUCCACAGACCUCUGCUCUCUCUCCCUAAUUCUGCCUUUGCUUUCGCUUGCUCUUCUAUUUUGUGCUGUUAUUUUAUCGUCCUCUAUACUCAAAACAAUUCGACUUGGAAAUCAUGAAGAACAACGUUUUCACUCUUCACCGAUAAAUUCAGGGCAGUAGUUUCGAAGGUUGUGUGAAAUGGCUGAAGAGAACGAAGUUACACAGACAUUCAAGGGUUUGGGCGUUUGUGAAGAACUGGCGGAGGUCUGCGAUAACUUGGGUUGGAAAACCCCAUCGAAGAUUCAGGCUGAGGCUAUUCCUCAUGCACUUCAAGGGAAAGAUUUGAUUGGACUAGCCCCCACGGGUUCUGGUAAGACUGCAGCCUUUGCUCUCCCCAUUAUCCAGUCUCUUUUAGAGUCUCCAAAAGCAUCACAAGCAUUCAUUGCUUGUGUGCUCUCUCCGACAAGGGAACUGGCAAUUCAGAUUGCCGAACAAUUUGAAGCUUUGGGUUCUAGCUUUGGCUUAAAGUGUGCAGUGGUUGUCGGAGGGGUUGAUAUGAUGCAACAGGCAAUUGCACUUGCCAAGCGGCCGCAGGUUGUUGUGGGAACACCUGGCCGCCUUGUGGAUCAUCUUUCCAAUACAAAGGGUUUUAGCCUUCGGAUGUUGAAAUACCUAGUAUGAUUCUCUCUCUCUCUCUCUCUUUUCUCU